AUGAACCUUUCUUCUUCUUCUUCUACUUGUCUCUCUAUAAAUCUGUCUCGAACAACUCCUCCUUUUCUUCCUGCUAGCACGACCACAAACACUACUUGUUCUUCUUCUUACUCUACAACAACAACAACAACAACAUCAAGGUGUUCUUUUGUUAACUCCCCUGUUUCCAUCCGUGUUUCUUCUCCCAGGAGAUUACCCAUUAGCUUGGUUCGCAAGCAAUCUAAAACUUUCUUCCGCGGCGAGGUGAUUUCUGCUUCUUCUGGGUCGGGUGAUAUGACUCAAGUCAGUGGGGAAGGGGAAGAAUCAGAGAUUGAGGCUCCCCUUGUCGAUCCCGAGUCCUACUCCAAGCCCAGGAGAAUUGCUCUCUUUGUCGAGCCUUCCCCUUUUGCCUAUGUCUCAGGUUACAAAAACAGAUUCCAGAAUUUCAUUAGGUAUCUACGUGAAAUGGGAGACGAGGUCAUAGUAGUGACGACACAUGAAGGUGUUCCCGACGAGUUUUAUGGAGCCAAAGUCAUUGGAUCUAAAAGCUUCCCUUGCCCUUGGUACCAAAAGGUUCCUCUCUCACUUGCGCUUAGUCCAAGAAUUAUCUCUGAAAUUGCUCGUUUUAAGCCUGACAUCAUUCACGCUUCCUCUCCAGGGAUUAUGGUUUUUGGUGCUCUGGCCAUAGCCAAAAUGCUAUCUGUACCAAUAGUUAUGUCUUACCACACACACGUCCCUGUAUACAUUCCAAGAUACACUUUUAGUUGGUUGGUCCAACCAAUGUGGUCUGUAAUAAGAUUUCUUCACCGAGCGGCUGAUCUUACAUUAGUUCCUUCCGCUGCCAUUGGAAAAGAUCUUAUAGCAGCUGGUGCAACUGCAGCUAAUCAACUUCGACUUUGGAAUAAGGGUGUCGAUUCAGAAAGCUUCAAUCCCCGUUUCCGCUCUCAAGAAAUGCGUAUAAGACUAAGUAAUGGCGAACCAGAAAAGCCACUAGUGAUCCAUGUAGGGCGUAUCGGUGUAGAAAAGAGUUUGGAGCUUCUAAAAAGUGUAAUGGAAAAAUUACCUGAAGCUAGGAUUGCUUUCAUUGGAGAUGGACCAUACAGAGAGGAUCUUGAGAAGUUGUUCACCGGGAUGCCAGCGGUUUUCACCGGAAUGUUAUUAGGGGAGGAACUCUCACAAGCUUACGCAAGCGGAGAUGUGUUUGUCAUGCCGUCAGAGUCGGAGACACUUGGUCUUGUGGUUCUUGAGGCAAUGGCUUCAGGACUUCCCGUUGUUGCGGCUCGGGCCGGUGGAAUCCCUGAUAUCAUCCCUGAAGAACAGGAAGGGAAGACCGGGUUUUUGUUCAGUCCUGGAGAUGUGGAAGACUGCGUGGCAAAGCUGAGAAGUUUAUUGUAUGACAGCAAAACAAGAGAAAUUAUAGGAAAAGCGGCAAGAGAGGAAACAGAGAAGUAUGAUUGGAGAGCAGCAACGAAGAAGAUACGCAAUGAACAGUACAGUGCAGCUAUCUGGUUCUGGAGGAAGAAGAAAGCUCAGGUUUUGGGACCAAUCAGUUGGUUGGUUAAACGACUCUUUCCUGUCCCGCCGGAAGUUAACGCCUAGAAGAAGUAAUCAGAGCUUCGAAUGUUUAUAUUUGGUUCAUGGUGUUUUUUUCCUUAUUAUCUCAUCAUAUAUAUAUUUAUAUAGUUAGUUAAGAUUGCUUAUGUGUUUUUAUGGGAAGCUUGAUGUUGUAAUAAGAUAUGGGGAGGGGUUUAAAACCUGGUUUUGGUCUUUAUGUAUUAGUUUAGUUAGGUCAUCGACUUUGUGUUUCGUUUUUUAUGUGUUAAUUAUUUAUCUUUGUUUUGUAUGAAAAUGAUUAGCAUCUUGUUUUAUGUACUCUCUCUCUAACCACAUUAUCACAG